GUUUGUUCUGUUGUGUCACACCAGCUGACGAAGAUAACACCCACUUGACAACGUGACUCCUGAGAAGACUCAGAAUAGAAGUCGUAUCCUAUAUAAACCAAUACACCACCAUUAUGGUCCAGAAAAUCGAAGUUGAAGGCUUCGAAGCCUUUGUGGAACAAGUGGAAACCUUCAAGUCUUCCGGAAAACCCAUUUUUGUUCUGUUUUCCGGCUCUAAGGACUCCAAUGGGAAGAGCUGGUGCCCUGACUGUGUGGUGGCGGAGCCUGUGGUCAAGGGAGCUCUGGACAAGGCCCCUCAAGAUGCUGUUUUCAUCUACGUGGGUGUGGGUGACCGUGCUUUCUGGAAGGACAAGAAUUGUGUAUUCCGUACUGACAGCCGCACCAAACUGAAGUCUGUGCCAACCCUUAUGAAGUAUGGAACUUCACAGAGGCUGGCGGAGGAGCAGUGUGCCAAAGAUGACUUGGUAGAGAUGCUCUUUGACGAUGCUUAGUAUUAGUGUCUUCAGAAGUAUGUGAGGAUGCUACUUAUUAGUUUCACUGAACUCUCAUUAGUAAUUGUGUUAGACUGUAACACUGCUUUUCCUUCAUGUCACUUGUGGUAUAAACUUUUAAAACAGCUUAAAUGAACCAACCAAGCCUAACAUAACCUCUCUGACCUUACCAGAAUUUAACUAUUCUUUGGUCGUGUCGUGUAGAUCAGAUAAGGGUUGGGUUGUUUGCUUAAAAAAAGAGAAACCAUAGUUCAAUAUUAUUAUGUAAACUUAAUGAGUAGAACUUUCCUGUGUACUGUGCUCUUGCUUUACACCAGUUGCUUGGAAUAGAUUAUCAAAGAUUGAGUUACCUGAUACUUAAAUUGAAAUUAUACUCGGUUUUGUUUCUGUUGGAAUUAAGUUAAUUUAUUUAAGUUUUUAUUUUGAUACAAAAUUAUGACUUUUGCUGAAUGCCAAGAACUUUGGAAAUGUACCGUAUUUUGCAUUAUGGAUAUGUAUGCCAUGAAACAAUCUGUUUCCAGUUGACUAACUUCUUAUUUCUAUCAUGUGUACUAAACCAUGUUUAUAUACAGCUAGUGAAAGUUACAAAAUCAACAUGUAUAAAACAUUACAUUAAUUUUUUUGUGAAACUACAGUGUACAGUACUGGGAAAAAGUACAAGUCGAAAGGUUUUCAUGUAAAGUUAAUUAGAGUCAGAGUACCAAACGAGAUGAAUUACUACCUUAUGCAUUAAUUACUCUUAUACCUGUACUGUACUGUAGUGUAGUUAUAAACUUCUGCUCCAUACAAAUAUUAUAGUACAGUACAGUGAUAACGACAGUUACCCAGCUGUGACAAAUUACCUUUAUGAUGUCUGUGAUCCUAGGUUGCUUAAGAAAUUUAAACCACAGUUAGUUUAAUUACUGUAUCUCCAUAUUAUAAGAUAUUUACUUAGUGUACUCGGCAAGCCCAAAGUGAACUGGAGAAUCUUAACCACACAUUAUUAAUUAUUGUAGUUUCAGUUGUGGGAAAUACUGAACUGAACAAACAUGAACAUGACAGUUUUACACUGUAACUAAUUUUCAGGAUAUACAUAGCAAUUUUAUACAGUAAUACUAUACUAUCGACAUUAUCAUGAUGAUGUAAAAAGUUAUACUACCUCUUUUAGCUCAUCAUAAGAUGUAAGAACUGUCCUCCAAAUAGUUUUUCUUUACAGUAUAACUUUACUUGGUCACAACAAGAACAUUUUAAUGAACUUAAUUAUCAGUAUAUUGUUGUAUGUAAUUCAACUUUCCAUAAACGUAAUUUUUUGGUUUUUGAAUACUGUACAGGAUACCUUGUACUGUACAGCAUUAUACAUGUACGUACAGUAAUGUGAUUUAGAAGUUUGUUGUGGUUUUUACUAUACAUUACAUAUGCUUAAUGUUAAUCACUGCCAAAUUAAGGUCCCCAUGAUUUUAAUUAUAUUACUGUACUGUAUUUUAUAUCAUAUUACCAUAUAAAAUAAACUAUUAAUCAUA